AUGACUACCGCUUUGCGGGGGAGGCGUAGUGCAGAAAGUUCAGAAAUCAAAAGGGUGAAAGAACUCGGAGCAAAAGAGUGCAUGGGUGGCCCAGACCCGGCAGAAGCUGAGUGUUGGAUUACUGAUGUGGAGCGGAUCUUUGAGGUACUGGAGUGCCCAGAUGAAGAUAGAGUCCGUUUGGCUACCUUUCUACUUAAAGGGAAUGCUUAUCAUUGGUGGAAAGCUGCAAAAAGGGGUUAUGAGAAUCCAGCUGCUAUUACCUGGGAGGAAUUCCAAAGAAUCUUUUCCGAUCAAUUCUAUCCACAUUCCUAUCGCUAUGCCAAAAAGACAGAGUUCUUAUAUUUGAAGCAAGGAUCAAUGUCAGUGGCCGAAUAUGAACACAAGUUUAAUGAACUGUCAAGGUUUGCACCAGAAUUAGUGGCUACUGAAGAGGAUCGGUGCAGACGCUUUGAAGGCUGUUUGUGGUGGGAGAUUCAGACCGUGGUCACUGCCAGCACGUAUCCCAACAUGAGAGCUUUGGCUCAAGCUGCUGACAGAGUAUCUAGGACAUGUGCUAUAGGUACAGGAAGACGCCGCAGAGAUGUGCAAGGAUUGGGUGGCCCAAGUCAGGGCCCAUCCAAGAGAGGAGGAUCUAGUUCCAGCUCUGCUAGUGGUGGAUGGUCGGGUGGACGAGGAUCCAGUUCUGGUAGUGGGAGAUCCGGUUCUCGUCCAGCAUGGACUCAGUUUUCAGAGCAGCAGCCUGCAUCUAGCACAGCUAGGACUCCCUCCAGGCAGACGGGGUUGACAUGCUACAGUUGCGGGCAGGUGGGGCAUUUUGCAAAGGAUUGCCUUAAUUCCAUUCAAGGGGGGGAUCGAAGCCCAACAGGGGCAAGGUAUUAUGGGUCAGCAUCAGAGUCAGGGUGGUGCUACUUCCUCUGCAGCGGGAUCUUCCAGUAG